AUGCAACUCACCAACGUCAUCACCGCCAUCGUGGCCCUCGCCAUGACUGCCACGGCUCUUCCCGCGGCCGAGCCUGUCGUGGCCGCCCGCACUGGCAGCAGCUGCAACGCCAACUACCAGCCCGUCUGCUGCACCCAGCACGGCGGCCUCGACCUGCAGUGCACCGUCAUCAGCUUGCUACUCGGCGACCUCCUGGGCGGCAACACCUGCAACGGUGGCAAUGUCUACUGCUGCUCUACCAAUGCUGCUCCCAACACUGUCGUCGACAUCAGCCUGUUCCAGUGCGGCAGCCUCAUCGGCUAA